UGAUUUUUAACACUGAUUGUGGAAGCGUAACAUUAACACUGAGAUGUUUACUUCCGUGUUGGCUGCAGCAUGGAUCCAGACGUUUCUGUUAUGUUUACAGUUUCUGGCCCGUUCCUAAUACGACAUUCCGACACAAUCGCACAUUUGUCUCCAGAAUUCAACAAGAAAAACCAUGACGAAUUUGAUGUUCACAUAGAAUCUAUUUGGGAGAAAAGAAGACUAGAAAAUCCAAAAUUAUUCAAUGGAACAAAAUUCCGUUUACACUCGGUUUCACACGAGUCUAAUGGCCCAGGUUGUAAAACCACAUUUAACUUAGGCAUUACAUGUUAUAGAGAUUUUAUAAGUACUAACUGGGCACCAAACGCAGAGGAUAUAUUAAGAAAAGGUGAACAAGAUUAUAACAACACUCAGGCAUUUAUGUCUGAUGCUAUGGGAGUUGGGGCCUUGGUACAAACCACAGACAAUCAUGUGAUAUUCCUAAAGAGAAGUAUCCAUUGUGGGGAAGCUAAAGGACUUUGGGACAUCCCAGGAGGGCAUGCAGAACCACAGGAAUUGGUUGGUGACCUUCCAGUUGAAAACAUUGAUGUGACAAAAAUGGACCCUGUCAAGGUGAUAGAAGAAAUGUUUGAUUCUAUAAAAAGAGAGGUGAUAGAUGAAGUCAACAUUCCCAGUUCAUGUUUGUCUGAACCAGAACUAUGUGGCAUUGCGAGAAAUACAACAGCAGCUGGUAGACCUAGUGUGGAAUUUGUGAUCAGAUGCUCUCUGAACUCGGAAGAGGUCAAGGCCAAAUACCACCAAGGUAACCAAUCAGAAGCUGAUGAAUCCACCAGUAUAUGUCUACUGCCAUUGGAAACAGUGAUAAAGAUGAAGUCAGAGGAUGAGUUUUGGCAAAAUAUGGCUCCAUCUGCCAAGGGUUGUAUUAUACUUUACCGUCUAUACGACACAAAAGUCACUGACUUGGGACAGACUGAUCUGGACAAUGAUGUUUGACCGCUACAUGUCUGAUGUUACUGUAUGUUAUGUUUGAUUCCUUGAGGUGUAGGAAUGCAUUAGAUUUUGUUUAUUUUGCUUUCAAAUAUAAUUUAUUUUAAAGAAUUGAAAUGCGGAAAUAUUUGGACUAAAUGUAUCUGUCAAAAGUAUGCCAGUAUGGCUAAAUCUGUUAUAAUAAAGGAAGUACUUAUCAAAUUCUUGUUUUAACUUUUUUUGCAUAUUGAGAAAUGGUAAAUGUUUACCAACAUUACACCAAUAGUUAAUAUGGCCGAACGAUCAGUUUAUUUUUUUCUUAACAAAUUGGACUUUUCUUUCAAGUGUCUGACUUCAAGUUCUCAGAGUCAUUCAGAUUUCAUACACACCUUCCUUCCUCAGGUCAAAUAGCCGAAGGUUAAAGUGACUAUACCCGGUAAUAAGAAAAUCAUUCCCUUCCCUUUAGCAUUGUCAUCACUCUGAAUGAGCCCUCAAAGAGCCUUGUUUCUGUGUCUUCAUUAGCAAGCUCAGAGCAUUUAUCCUCCGAGUAUCUUGGGAUGCUCUACUGAAUGCAUAUUGCAGAUGCUGAUUUUGACCUAUAUUUUACGCUUCAUGUUUUUAAUGACUCGUUGCACUGUGAGCAGGGGAUAUUGAUGACAGUGUCUUCUUGUUGAAUGCUGUAGUUCCGGUGAGAUUCGUAACAGUCCCUGUUGUAUCUGGAUAACUGCCAAUAAAUAUUCAAAUCGACUUUUAACAAGAAAAUGCUGCAAAGCUGCUGUACACCAGAUCUGUUGAUGAAAAUCAUCACUAAGUGACAGUCCAACUAGCAUGAGGGACAGAUCAUGCACACUUGAAUUUGUUCUUUGGAUAUAAAUGGCAUUAAUUUUACUGUUAAGAAUAUUCUGUUCACUCUUAAUAACCUCACAUGUUGCACUAUUGUUACUUAGUCAUUGUCACAGGGCAAGAAACUGUACAUGUUAAACUGCAUGCUUAAAU